UUAGUUUGGAGACAAAUGGUACACCAUUAUUGAUCAAACAACUCCAAAAAUUAACAAAGCAGGAGCUAUUGAUUUGUGUACACAUACAGAUAUAUAAUAAUGGGCAUUCCAUUCCAUUAUUAUUUAUUUCCACUCAAAUUUCAAGGAAAGAGGAUGUACAGUAUACAACUCUUAUAUUCUUCUCUAUCUGCUUCUUUCUUUCUUUUGCCUUAUUCAUCAUUCUUCAUUCCCUACUUGCUUUGCUAUUCAAUAUGGCUGUUGAAUUGGUUGCUGGUGCUUUGCUCUCAGCCUCACUUCAAGUUCUGUUUGAGAGAUUGUCUUCUCAAGACAUACCCCAGCUGUUCCAAGGAAAGCAAUCCAUUCUGAAGCUGCUGGACAAGCUCAACACUAGGAUGUUAUCAGCUAACAAACUGCUCAAUGAUGCUGAGGACAAGCAACUUCGAGAUGACAAUGUCAAGAAGUGGCUUUUCAAGCUUCAAGAUGUCGUCUAUCAAGCCGACGACUUGGUGGACAUGAUGGACUAUGAAGCUCUGCGAUCCAAGCUUACAAGCCGCACGACCGAGGUAUUUCACCAACUGAAAUCCAUGCCACCUUUUGUAUUCAACAUUAAAAAAACUGUACGGACUGGUGCCACUGAGAUCCUUGUUCAACUAGAUGAUCUUCUUGCUCAAAAGGAUGCUCUUGGCUUGAGAGAAGGCCUUCAAAACACUUCUUCUGUAUGCCCUCCUGCUCCUUUACUCGAACAAUCUGAUGUUUAUGGAAGGCAUGCUGAGAAAGAAGCCAUUGUUGAUCUGUUGCUAAGAAGUGAUGAUGUUGAUGGUGGUACUAACGUUUCAGUCAUCCCGAUUGUCGGGAUGGGUGGUGUUGGAAAGACCACUCUUGCUCAACUUGUUUAUGAUGAUGUUCGAGUUAAAAAUCAUUUUGAGCUAAGAGUGUGGGUUACGGUGUCAGAUCAGUUUGAUAUUUCAAAGAUAACAAGAGAGAUCUUGGAGGGAGUCACUUCUAGCAAAUGUGGAAUCGAGAAUCCAGAUGAAAUUCGAAGAACACUGAAGGAAGCGUUGGUGGGGAAGAAGUUUAUGUUUGUUCAUGACGAUGUUUGGAAUGAGUCUUAUACUUCCUGGGACUCUUUGAAGAGCUGUUUCGAUUUUGGAGCAAAUGGAAGUAAAAUUAUUGUUACUACUCGGAGUGAAGUUGUCGCCUCUACUAUGGCCACUGCGAAAAUUCAUCAACUCAACAUUUUGUCAGAUGAAGAUGGUUGGCAGUUAUUUGUCAAACAUGCCUUUGGACCCAACGAUGACCUCGGUAAUAAGUACAAAGAUUUGGAGGAAUUGGGUAGACAAAUAGUAGGCAAGUGCAAAGGUCUUCCGCUAGCAAUAAAAUCUGUUGGUGGAUUAUUGCGCUCUGAACGAAAUGCCAAGAAAUGGAAGGACAUAAUCAAUAGUGACACAUGGGAGGAGCUGUACAAGAAGGAGGGUUCCAUUCUUCCAGCUUUAUGGUUGAGUUACCGUCACUUGCCGGGACAUCUGAAGCGUUGUUUUGCAUAUUGUGCUAUAUUCCCUAAAGGUUAUGAAUUUGGAAGAAAAGAACUGAUUUUGCUGUGGAUGGCUGAAGGCUUUUUGCAAUGUGGUGAGAAAAGCAAAAAGUUGGAGGAGCAAGGGGAAGAAUGCCUUGAAGAUCUUUUAUCGAGGUCAUUGUUUCAACAUUCAAAGAACACGAAAAAAUCAUUCCUCCAAAUGCAUGACCUGGUACAUGAUUUAGCAAUGUUUGUAUCUAAUGACUUUUGCUUUAGGUGGGAUUGGAGAUAUGACUUAAUCAAACUUUCAACAAAAACUCGUCAUUUGUCAUAUUUGAUGCGGAAAUACGUCGUGGGCUUGCAUAAAGCCAAGAACUUGCGUACCUUUCUAGAAUUGUCAACCAACCCAAUGUUUCCCUAUGACAAGACGUACAUCAAGUUUGAUAUGUUGCUUAGAAGAGGAAGUUGUCUAAGAGUACUUUCUUUAAUUAGAUGUUCUAUGAAGAAGCUACCUCAUUCAAUUGGCAAUCUAAAGCAUCUAAGGUAUUUAGAUUUAUCUCUCUGUUGUAUUAAGGAAUUACCUGGUUCAGUUUGUGAUUUGUACAAUUUACAGACUUUAUUAUUAAUUGGGUGUAAAGAGCUUCGUCAGUUACCAAAUAAGAUGGGAAGGUUAAUCAACUUGCGAUAUCUAGAUAUUACGGAUGUACCUCUAGAAGAGCUUCCCCGUGAACUUAGUACUAUAAAACACUUGUAUUUCUUAUCUGAUGUGAUUUUGAGUAGUGGAGGAUUUAAUAUGAAAAACGUAGGAGAGCUUCAGAACUUACGUAGUAUUUCUGGGUUGGAAAAUAUCAAGGAUGCAAGAGAAGCUUCAGAAGCGAAUAUGAAGGAUAAGAAGUGCCUUUCGAAACUGACUUUGAGGUGGGAUGUUUCCAGUGUAACUAAUAAUUCACAGAAAGGAAAAGAAGAGGAUAUACUUGAUGCACUUCGUCCACAUACAAGCUUGGAGCAUCUUGUGAUUCAAAGUUACAGAGGUAGAACAUUGUCGAAGUGGAUUGGAGACUCUGCAUUUUGUAAGUUAGUAUCAAUCCAGCUUAUGGGUUGUGUUGGUUGUUGCAUUUUACCCACUCUUGGGCAGCUACCACUUCUCAAAGAUCUCUCAAUCGGAUGCUGUAGUAGUGUGAUCUCAAUAGGUGAUGAUGAUGACAAUUACAAAGGCCCUCUAUUCAAAUGUCUACAAGUGUUGAGGAUUUCAGAGAUGUAUGGGAUGAUAGAUUGGUCAUUUAGUAGUGAAGCUAAUUUCCCUCUUCUUAAAACACUCAAACUGAGUUGGUGUCCAAAGCUUAAAGUUGGGUUACCGGGUUGUUAUCUUCCAUCCUUGGAAUCUGUGGAAAUCAGCAACUGUGAACAAAUGACGGGUUUGGUCCCGAGGAGGACAGAAACUCAACAGACGGUUACAAGCACAGCUCCCUCUCUUGCCUCCAUAUAUAUAGAGAAAUGCCCAGUGUUGGUAUCGCUUCUAGAGUGUGGAUCCAAAGAAUGGGAAAGACUCCUUCCUACCACUCUGAAAGAACUUCACAUUAAGGAUUCUAGUAUGCUUAAAAGCCUAAACGGCAAGGCCUUUCAACAACUCACAUCUCUUGCUAAAUUAUCUAUUGAACUGUGUCAUAGUCUGAGGUGCUUGCCAUCUGAAGGGCUGCCUACUUCUCUUACUUAUCUAUAUAUAUACGGAGCCCAUUUGUUAGAACAAAGGUGUAAGAGAGGAGGAGAAGAUUGGCCUAAGAUUCCAAAGGGCUCAACAGUGCGGUUGGACAAUACAUGGACAACAAGAUGAUUCUUUUCAUAAUUGUGCGGUUGGAAAAUGAAAGCAACACAACAAAGCAACUCCAAUGAGAUAAUAAUGAAGCUGAAGAUGGAGUAGUAGUACUACUGGCGUUAUUAUUGCUUUGAUUCUUAUCAUUAAAGUUUUUUUCUUCUUCUUUUAUGUGUGUAAUCCCUCACACUUGUUUUUGAUCCGAUGGACAUUGAGAUAUGUAGCCUCAAAAGUCAAAUCAUUGUGCUAAGUUUUCUAUAACAUCAAAUGAUUUGAUUUGCUAGUUAUUUGUUGGUUGAAGCCUAGAUUUUAUACCCAAGACAUGUACUUGAGAGUUUUGAAACAACUUAAAAUCUUACAUCUGUAAUGGUAUAUUAUUUAAAUAUUGUGUGCUUUUCAGUGUUAUUCUAAGAAGUCCUUUCUUCAAGUACUUCUAUAUUAAGGUACUUUAAAAGCUAUUGCAUAUUGUAUUGGUUUAGAUUUUUCUUCUUGCUCUAGAUCUUGGUACAUUUACAUGAGCUCCUUUCUUUAGAUGCUUUAGUGCCCAAGUGAUUGGAGAGGAGAGACAACAGAGUGAGUCACAUGUUCUGUUCAUUUUUCCCGAACUG